AUGGCCUCGUACGCAGUGUUCAAGAUUCCGGACGAGAUCAUUGAAUCGGCGCUGGUCAAGGUUUCUGGCCCACGAUGCAACGACGGCCGCUUCAUCAAGCGCGACAUGCACAAGAACUUGGUCAUUGGAGAACACAAGUCGAUUUUCGGUGAUAGCGUUCCCAGGAAAGAUACAAACAGAGACACAACGAUGGAGACGGAGACAGACACUCAGAUAGAAAGCUACAUUCCAGCCAAGAUCGAAACCAUCGACCACGACCUGCUCCUCCAGAUUUGGAAGCACCUCGACGAACCCAGCCGCGUCUGCUUGUCCCUGACCAACAAAUUCUUCGGCACCUUUUGCAUGACCCCUGAAGUCAGCGGCCCUGUACCCAUGUCCAACAGUACACAACUGGAACGCGUGCCUGACCCAACAGUGCUCAUCGGUUAUAGCCGCGACGAAAAACAUACCUACUGCAGCAAACGCCGGAUCACCCUCCUUCUCCUCCGCAGCUGGAUGCCCAGCGACCUUCAGCUCUGCUGGGCUUGCAUGAAAUACACUCCACUCACCCAAACCGAGGCCAACGCAAGCUUCUUCAAGGCCUGGAACCAGGGUGCGACGGCCACAAUGAUCAUCACCAUGCUCGACGAGUCGGAGUUCCACGCCGACUUGCACUGCCACGACGCCUGCCUCCCUCGCAUCCGCGAGACCCUGCCGAUGCCCUUCAACGUCUUCUGCCGACACCUACCAGGAGGCCACGCCGUCCACUACAACUUCGGCAUCGACUUGCGCGAGGUGGUCUACCUCGGCAGCGAGGUUUUUGACUGGGGUCUGGUGCUGCCGCACCUCAAUUACUUGCUCAGAGACCGCCGACUCAAGUUUGAGGCGGCCCUCCAACAGAAUAUUGGAAGUCCAAUGGGCUUGUGGAAGAAGUGA